AUGUUGGUGUGGCCGCAACGAAGAGAAUCCGCGGAAGCAGGACUCGGCAUCUGUGGUUGGAUCCUCACCGCUCUGUCGUUCGUCAUUGUCGUGGUCACCUUUCCGUUCUCCUUGCUUUUUUGCAUUAAGGUUGUCCAGGAGUACGAGCGGGCCGUUAUAUUUCGUUUGGGAAGACUCUUGCAAGGGGGAUCGAAAGGACCGGGUAUCUUUUUCAUUCUCCCCUGCAUUGAAAAUUACACCAAGGUUGAUCUCAGGACGCUAACCUUUGAUGUUCCACCCCAAGAGGUCAACAUCAGUGUGUACUUUCAGAAGGAGACGUAUCACAUAAAGUUCAACAAAAUCAUUCUCACAGUGCUGACCAAGGACUCUGUGACGGUGUCGGUGGAUGCGGUCGUGUACUACCGGGUGCACAAUGCGGCGGUGUCCGUGGCCAACGUGGAGAAUGCUCACCACAGCACCCGGCUGCUCGCACAGACCACGCUGCGAAACAUUCUGGGCACCCGCAACCUGCACGAGAUUCUCGCCGACAGGGAGCAGAUCUCAAGCUCCAUGCAGAGCGCCCUGGACGAAUGCACCGACGCUUGGGGCAUAAAGGUGGAGCGGGUGGAAAUCAAGGACGUGCGUUUACCGGUUCAACUACAGAGAGCCAUGGCCGCCGAAGCUGAGGCUGCCAGAGAAGCACGAGCAAAGUUGAUCGCCGCCGAAGGAGAGCAGAAGUCGUCUCGAGCACUGAAAGAAGCCGCGGACGUUCUGUCCCAGAGCCCGGCAGCCAUCCAGCUGCGCUACCUCCAGACCCUAAACACCAUCUCGGCGGAGAAGAACUCCACCAUUAUCUUCCCUCUGCCCAUCGACAUACUCUCUUGCUUCGCCCAAGACAAGAAGAAGAAGAAGAAGGAGCAAGAGGACUGA